UGUGUGUAAAUCGGGCACGGAACGGCUUUCUGUCCCUCCCAUCCCGUGGGAGCAGCAGAAAUGGAGCGGCUGGGUGAUUUCAAGCUGCUGGAUGUAGGAAGUGAAGGGGGGUUCGUGGGGAUCGCCCCCCCAGCUGCCAUUCUGCCGGGAGCGCACCCCCAAAAGCUGUGGCUGUCACGGCUUGGCUGUAGGGCCACAGGCGGAAUAGUGCAGGACUAGCAGGGAGGAGCCGGGGGGAAGCCGCGGCAAGCUCGCCCCAGCCCCGCACUGUUUAUUUUUUGCAGGCUUCGGUGGGGGCGUGUAUUUAAAGGGAGCCGGGCAGCCAAUGCGCGGGAAGGGGCUGAGCAUGUGGGCAGCUUGUUUACACCAGACCUUCCCGAGGAGCUUUAACCCGGCCGGCAGCGGGCAAGAGGCAAAUCCCGGCGCUGGGAGCACGUGUGUGGCACGGGGGUGUCUCCCAGACGAGGGAUGGGCCAAGGAGCGCGGGGAGAUUCCUAGAGGGCGCAGCUCACGUGUGUCAAGAUGGCGAGCGUGCUGUCCAGGCGCCUGGGGAAGCGCUCCCUGCUGGGUGCCCGUGUUUCCACGCCCAGCUCCUUGGCAGACAGGAUGCUGGGGACGGCCCAAAUCCCCACGUUGCAGGCGGAGCUCAGCAGAGUGUCUUCCCACCUGGCUUCAUAUGAGGGUGUUCGGUGCAAGGAGCAGGGAGAGGAGAGCAGCAUGAUGCCCAGCUUCCCAAACCAGAACCGCUUACAGCUCCACCCAGGACAAAGAGUUUACGUCACCUAUAAUGGGCAGGAGUGUGCUGGCCUGGUAGAGCAGCACAAUCAACUGAACGACGAGGUGCAGGUGCUGCUCCUGGAGCAGGGAGUGCACACCUGCUGGAAGACAGAGGACGUGAGACUGGCUAAGAUGCAAAGAUCGCCGCCCCCUACUCUUCCGAUGGACCAUAGCCCUGCCACUGCGAUGGACCAGAGCCCUGCCACUGGAUCAGUUCAGAGAUCGGUUUCUAGGAAUAUUGAUGUACCUAAAAGAAAGUCCGAUGCUGCUGUGGAAAUGGACGAGAUGAUGGCAGCUAUGGUGCUGACCAGCUUGUCCUGCAGCCCUGUGGUGCAGAGCCCGCCCAGCCGCGAAAGCAGCAUGCCAGCUUCCCAGGCUGCCUGCGACUCAUGGAAGGAGAGUGGCGACGUGUCAGACAGCGGCAGCAGCACCACCAGCGGGCACUGGAGUGGCGGGAGCGACAUCUCCACCCCAUCACCCCCGCAUCCUGAAGCCAGCCCCAAGUACUCGAGCGAGGCCUUGAGCUCCCCUCAGGCUGAUGACGGCUUUGAGACAGACUCAGAUCCUUUUCUUCUCGAUGAGCCUGCCCCAAGAAAGAGAAAGAAUUCAGUGAAGGUGAUGUACAAGUGCCUGUGGCCAAACUGUGGAAAAGUCCUGCGAUCCAUUGUCGGGAUCAAGCGUCACAUCAAGACCCAGCACCUUGGAGAUGGCGCAGACUCUGACCAGCGGAGGAGAGAGGAAGACUUCUACUACACCGAAGUUCAGGUGAAAGAAGAAACUGCUCCAGAGUCUGCCACCAGCCCCACCUUUGGGUCCUCGCCCAUUGUCAUCCAGCAGGCCCUAGCCAAGCCAGAGGCUUUGGCUUUGGAUCAGGCAACCUUGGAGUCUCACCUCCCAAACAGUGCCCUCAGUCAGUCUGCCCCCAGUUCCUUCUGGCAUAUCCAGGCAGAUCAUGCCUAUCAGGCCUUGCCAUCAAUUCAGAUCCCGGUGUCACCGCACAUAUUCACCAGCAUCAGCUGGGCUGCUGCCACCUCCACCAUCCCUUCUCUCUCCCCAGUUCGAAGCAGAUCACUGAGCCUCAGUGAACACCAGCAGCCGACACCAAUGCUGAAGUCACACCUGAUUGUCGCGUCUCCUCCCAGGGCUCCCAGUGGCACCAGAAAAGUCCGUGGCGAAGCCAAGAAAUGCCGUAAAGUGUAUGGAAUUGAGCACCGAGAUCAGUGGUGCACGGCCUGCCGGUGGAAAAAGGCCUGCCAGCGAUUCCUGGACUGAGCACCUGAACGUUUCAGGAGUAUUGAAAUUCUCCCUCUCUCUCAGCUGAGAGCACCCAAAGUUCGUCAUUGCUGAAACCAGGGCACAGCAAACUUGGAGGUAUCUAUCUCCUGUGGCUUCAGCAGAGAUCUCAAGAGCUGCAUGUAAAUUCCAAGUUCUGUAUAUUGUAUGUCAGCUGGAUUUAUUAAUUUUUUACACUUUCUGUGGGUUUUUUACAAUUUUUUUUUAAACAAAACCUCCCAUUUUAUAGUAAAAAUAGGGAGGGAAAGAAAGAAAGCUGGUUGCUUGGUGUUCACAGGAGACUUGUUGUUUGGUGGUCCAGGGACCAAAGAACUUUGUACUGAUCUCCCAGCUCAACAGUAAAGUCUACUGAUCUUUCAGGUCAGUAGGUGGGAUAAGGAGGUGAGGAUCAUCUCUCUCUUGUUACUUCACUGGCUAGAAAGCUUGAAGUCUGCUGUUGUUUAAAGGGACACAAUCAGAAUAACAAUCAUAGUUUAAAAAAGGAAAAUUAAUAUUCAUGUUUUACUAGUAACACCUUAAAUUGUUGGAAUGGGAGGAAUUUAAAGUUCUUUCCUUUAAUUUUUACCAAUGAUACUAUGUUUACUUUUUACAGCUCUCAGCUCUGACAGUAAAGCUGGACUUGCUAUGUCUCUG